GUUUGGUCCAAAACAUGGCGGAUGCGACGUAUACCGUCGGCGACCCUGUAUGGGCAAAACUGAAGGGCUUUUCUCCAUGGCCUGGAAAAAUUGCCCAAGCUCCAGAUCAUCUAAAAACGCCAUCAAAGAAGAAGGGCUUCUGUGUUUAUUUCUUUGGGACGGAAAACUACGCUUUCAUCGAAACACAAUUUAUCAAACCGUUUUUGCAACACAGAGAAAAGCUCGCCAAAGCCAAUAAGUCAAACCAAUUCAAAGAGGCACUGUUAGUCAUUGAUGAAUAUCUCAGGAAGAGAGAAGAUGGUGUUGAGGACGCCCCGGAGGGUAACGGCGAUGCGACGGCGGCGGCGACGGAGCCGGCCAGGGAGGGCGCCGCCAAGUCCGCCGCCGAGAAGCCGUCCGGCACGCCCUCCGCCAAAAAGACGGCCGCCGACAAGUCGGCCGCCGAGAAGGCCAAAAAGCGGAAACCCAGAGAGACGAAGGAUAAGAAGCCGGCCGUGAAGCGAGUGGCCUCGGACGCCACCAUCUCGCCGGCGCCCAGCCCGGCCAAGCGCGCGCGCGAGCCGGACGAGGACAGCGACCCGUUCACGUCGCUGAUGAACCACAGCUCGUCGACGACGGCCGGCACCAAGCGGGUCGCCUCGCUGCUGGACCGGCCUACGCUGGUGAUGCGCCCGGAGACGCCGCCACUGGACGUGGAGCAGGUGUCUGCAGCACUGAAACAGAAGAACAUCCAGCCGUCCGACCUGCGCUUCGGCGUGCUCGGCCUGGGCGUCAUGGGCUCCGGCAUCGUCAAGAACCUCCUCAACUCGGGCCACAAGGUGCACGUGUGGAACCGCUCCUCCGAUAAGUGUGACGACUUUGUCCGAGCGGGCGCCGAGCACGGCCUGACGCCCAGUGACGUCAUCAGUGCCGCUGACGUCACCUUCUGCUGCGUGUCCGAUCCGCAAGUGGCCAAAGACAUAAUAUUUGGCAACUGCGGCGUUUUACAAGAGAUCACCACAACCAAAGGCUAUGUGGAGAUGACCGGCAUCGACGCCGAGACGUCCCAGGACCUAGCGGACGCGAUAGGCGCGAAGGGCGGUCGCUACAUGGAGGCACAGGUGCAGGGCAGCAAGCAGCAGGCUGAGGAAGGCACGCUGGUGCUGCUGGCCGCCGGCGACCGCUCCCUCUUCGACGACUGCCAGUCGUGCUUCCAGGCGGUCGGCAAGAACUCGUUUUAUCUGGGCGAGGUUGGCAACGCGUCCAAGAUGAACCUGGUGCUGCAGCUGGUGACGGGCGUGUCACUGGCCGGCCUGGCCGAGGGUAUGGCGCUGGCAGACCGGGCCGGCCUCCAGCAGAAGGACGUGCUCGAGGUGCUCGGGCUGACGGCGCUCUCCUGCCCGCUGCUGCUGGAGAAGGGCAGAGCGAUCAUCGAGGGCGGCUUCCAGACGCAGAUGGCGCUGAAGCAUAUGCAGAAAGACUUGAAGCUGUCGCUGACCAUGUCGGACCAGCUGGAGCAGCCGCUGCCGCUCACGGCCUCCGCAAACGAGGUGUUCAAGCACGCCAAGCGCGUCGGCUACGGUGACCACGACGUGUCGGCUGUGUACAUUCGGGCGCGGUUCUGAGCGUCGGACGCGGUGCGGAGGUGUUGGCGCAGGCGGCCCGGCCCGGCCCGGCCCGGCGCCUCGCCGAGCCGGGCCGCACCAGUACAAACACCGCGCGGCGCGAGCGAUCAUCAUCAUCCCCGCGGGCCGCCAUCUUACCGGACUGACCGAGCCACCAGCGGCGGCGGCGCCGCGCGAGUGCGUGUGGAGCCGCGAGCGAGCGAGCGCGCGAGUGGCCUGUUGUGCACCUGUUAUGCCUGUAUGAUAGCGUGCGCGGUGCGCGCAGAGGCGGCGAGGCCCGCCGGCAGCCUGGGCAGUCUCCAUCGGAACCGUGCGGUUUGCGUUCCGUUCUAAACUAGCGACUCUGCGAUAUUUUUAUACGUUCUCUCUCGCAGUUCUCUGGCCUAGACGCCGCGAUGUUGAUAGAUGUCACUUUACACCAUGCUCAUCCCCUGCCUUAUUUGAGGGCGGGCAUGGACCAGGUUAUAAUAUAAAGUCAGCGAGCACGGCACGGGG